AUGCCCCAAAACCAACAAAGGAAAAAUCCGCAACACCGAGAGUCGAACCCUCGACCUCACCGGACAUCACGUGGCCUUAAGGUGUCGAGAAUUUUGGACGCGCGAAACCCCGCGCAAAAGAACCCGAGUCCCAACAGGCCUCGGAACUCCAAUGUCGAUCCCCGACUAGUGGCCAUCAACUCGAGCGCCGCUGAAUGCGGAAAUAGUUCGCUGAAGAAGAUCCGAAAAUCUGUCAGCUACAUGUCACAGAGAAGGGCAAUCGUGUACACGAAGAUCUUUUUGUCCAUCUGGAACCGGGUUCGCCUGCGGAAGGCUUUGGGCAUUAAACUUGUCUAG